CCUCGUUUCAAGGCUUCUUCGUGGCCGUUCUGUAUUGUCUGAUGAACGGGGAGGUGAGGCAAGAACUCCGGAAGCUGUACAACCGCUGGUACAAAGGCGACCCUCUCGUUUUGACGACUCACUCCACGCAGGUGUCCAACACGAAGACAUAUGCAAGAAGCGGUAGGACGUCGAUCCAUUCCAUCUACUCGCAAGCAGAACGCCGGGACAGGUCCACGCCCUCGCCACAGAUGCCCAGGUCAGGGUAUCCUGACGGUGGAACGCCCUCCCGCACGCGUACGGCGUCUCCCUCGCCCACGGCCACGCUGACGCCCUCUUACGGAUCCGGGUCAAGGCAGCAGUCUAAGGAAACGAACGUAGGCCAAGGUUCCUCAGAGAACUGCGAGGAGACCAUAGAACUCCAGCCGCGCCUCUCUUCACCCAAGAAGAAUGCUGCCAAUGGGCACAAUUCGUCUAAUGCCACAAUGCUCUCUCAGCUGGGUACUGGGGAGGAGAGCAACUUCGAGAGCAUGGACGAAGGAACCACCGUCGAAAUUCUCAUCGACCUCACGGACGAAACCAGCAGCUGCAAGAAGGGCAUCUCGAACGAUGGCCCCCUCGAAGAUGCAGACCCGGAGAAGAGGAUCCCUUACUCCCCGGUGUCUCAGAACGGACAGGUUCACGGCAAGAGCAGAGAAAAGCCGGAGAAGCACUUGACAUUUUCAGAGUCCACGGAAAACCGGCUGAAUUACAAAGCGGCUCGCGACGCUGAGGAGAAGAGGUGCCUGCUUGCGGACACGAGUGACGUCGAGGGUGAGGAUGCCAAAGGAGUGGUGUGUGUGAAUGUCAGCAAGAAAAGUUUGAAGUCGACUUCUCCACUUUUGGUAGAGUCCACCCUCGUGAAAAAGUCCACCAAAAGAGAACAGGAAACUAUGCUAUAAGAAAUCCCUGAGUGUCAGAAGCUGUUCUAGGUGAGACAGAGAGGUUCCCCCUCCCAUUUCCCUGAGAUAUGCCUUUGGAAAUGUUUCCAACAAUUUAAUCCAAGCUGUGAACAUUGUCAAGACGCUGAACUCAGUGUAGAGCAUCCAUGUCUAGCUGAUAAAUGUCGGUAAAAUAGGCCUCGUGCGUGGGGCGUUCGUUGUCUGCUGUGCAAACAAACUGGUAAAGGAACUACUUUUAAUACGUUAUAGGUAGGCUAGGGAACAAAGCUAUUUUUGAUGACUUGCUUUACAGAUUUUGACGACUUAUUUUCUACAAAUGGGCUUGCCAAUCAAACGCGUGUGUUUGUAGUGACCUGUGUUAGCACAUGGACUAGAACUCACUGUCUUUAAAACAACUGGUGUUAUUGAAGCUUAACCUCCCCCGUAACUCUCGCGAGGUUAGUCAUCGCUGGGAUGUCAGAAUCUGUAAGGAGUUACACUCAAUGUACCAAAGUAUUUUUCGUCAGGUCUGACCCCCCUAGAUGGGCAUUAAACUUAAAAAUUUAAAAAAAACUUAGCUAAGUUUGGUGUCACUCCUGAUAAUACUUGGCGACGCUUAUAUUGUUGUUCACUCAUUCAGCAACGGUUUGUCAAUCUAGUCAGUCAGCUAGUAAUGUCCCCUCUCAUUUAUUUUUGUAUUUUAUGAUAAAAGCUGCCAUUUAGCUACUUUAAUAGUUGAUAGUUCUAGAGUUAAAUGGUAAAUGCUAUUGAUGACCAAGUAGGCAAGCCACAUGCUACGCCAAAUUUGUCAUACCUCACACUGAAGUGAAGAGUAUCGCCUAAGUAUUCCCCUUCGUUUAUUUUUUUUAUUCCACGAUCAACAUCAGCAAAUUCAACAGGAGACGACAAUAAGUGUGAAAGAUCAGUUACAAUAACUAGCAGGGGAAUACAUAGGCUAUACAAGACUUGAGACAUGCUACGUAUAUGAGAACAUCUGUGGACUCGCAACAUGCGGUGGUUUUCUUCGCGCUGGUUUGUCUUUGCUCAAAAGUAUCAAGAGUUUCUCAAAAAAAAAAUAUAAAAAUGAACAUUAAGAUGAAACUAUAAUUUGUUAAAAAUGGAAAAUGACUUCUGAGAAGCACACAGUACAUACAUGUAUGAUAGGUAACAUCUCUCAUUUUGUACGUAGGUUGUACCGUUUUUCGUACGUGUAUCAUAGGGUUACAGUCCUUAUUCUGUGCAUGUACUGUAUUUCAAAUGCGUAUUGGGGUUACGUCACUUGUUUUGUACAUGCGCUUUGUUUUUAUACACUUGUUAAGGGUUAUGUCACUCAUUCUGUACCUGAAGUGUGUUGAAGACAGUUAUCAAGUAUUACAUACUCAUACACGUACUGCAAUGUGAUCCAAAUGUGAGCUGAGGGUUACACGGCUCAUUCUACACACGUGCUGUAUUUGUAGUAAGGGUUACAUAACUUCUCUGUAGGUAUACUGUUAUACCAUAUGUGUAUUAAGGGUUUAAAAAAAUCUGUACAUGAUUAUACCUCACACUUGUAAUAAUGAAUAUGUCACCUGUCUGUACAUGUAUUCAGUGUGUGUGUAUUGAGGGUUAUUUAACGUGUCAUGUAUUUCAUAGAUCCAUCAAUGGUUGCAUAACGUAUUCUGUACAAGUAUACUGCAUUCUGUGUGUGUAUUUAGGGUUACACAACCUGUUCUGUACAUGUACCGUAUUCAUUUUUGUAUUAAGGGUUGCGUGACCUGUUUUGUACAUGCACUGUGCUCAGUGUGUAUAUCAGGGAUUGCACAACCUCUUCUGUAAAUAUGACGCAUUUGGUUUGUAAGUAUUAAGUGUUACAUAACCUAUUUUGUACAUGUACCGCAUUGUAUGUGUCCUGUAUUUCAUGUGGGUUACAUUACGUGACCCAUACCAGUGCGACGUUUCGUCAAGGUGCCCCGCGUGCAUCUUCAGUAUUAUGAGCUAUGUCGAGGGUCCCCACGCUUGUCGCGAGUCCCACCGUCUAACUCCCCAGCGUGAGAACUCUCACGCUUCUGGUGUGCCAAUUGAAGCUGAAAUCAGGUUGAUGUAUCCUCUGAAGUAUUUUUUUAGUCUUUUAAGUACAUGUUAAACCAGAGUAAUCGCUGUGCACAGUAUUUCUCUCUCGGUGCCAUCAACGGACUUCAUUUCUCUGUCAAAGAAGGUGCUCGUGGCGAUGUGGUUGCCAGGUUGAUGUCCUUACGGGGGUUAGUAAUGGUGGAGACGUAUUACUGAUCCCUGUAGUUAUAUGUAACAAAACUUGACAUGUAUGGCUAGAGCCACAGAUGGAAGGGAAAAAUUUUGUACAGGAAGGAUUGCAAAUCCUUUUCCUAAUUCUAAAUAUUACAAUGCUCUAAAAACAGGUCGGGUACUUGAUGUUUUCAUAAGCACUCACAAAAAGUUCUUUGACACAGAACAGACAGGUAAAAAUCACUGCUGUUAUCAUUCAAGGCGACUUCUAACUAACAGAUCGUCCUGACAAAUCAUAGUUCAAUCAGAUGUAAGACGUAUUGCCACGUAUACAGUCUAUGUCGAUAUUAUCCAGCAGAUCUUCCCAUUCGACAAAGGAAUAGGAUGUUUCAUUGAAUUAUAUCUUUUCAGACUACAUGAUAAAGGAAAGCCAGUUCUCUAGUCAACUCUGAGGAACAUCAGAAUGCAUCAGUGGCUUUGUAGGUUUCAUCAAGAAUACACAUUUUGAAUUUUUGCUGUUUUCAUCAUUUAACUGAAAAGCAAAAUGAUAGGGAGGCGAUUUUACAAAGAAUAUUGAGAGCUAAGCUGUGAUAAAAACUUAAAUGACCAACAGUACACUUGGACUGCUACUUGGCAACUUUGAGCUUUUCAGAUCCUUCUUCUUUUUUCUAUGGUUCCUGUGAUCUCCUUGGGAGGGUUGAAUGUGGCCUUUCCAAGCAACAACUCCAGUUUGUAGCGAACUAUAUGUAUUACAAGCUGAAAUUUCACACCUGCUUAGUGGGCAUCUUCAGGCACAGCUUACAAGAAAACCCCAUAACCUGAAUAACUACACUUGACAAGGAUAUACGACCAGUUAUAGAAGUGUUUUGACAUGAUUGACGGAGCAAAAGGAAUAUAUACCCUAGCAACUAUCCACCAAACCCUAAGAGCACCGGUCACCAAAGGAAAUUUGAGGCAACCCCAGUGGGCUUUUUGAGAAUUCUGAAGCCAGUGCAAGAAGAACAAGAUGGACAGUGGAGUCCCUGCAGACAGCAACAGAUAUCCAGCAACCAAAUGAAAUCUAAAGUCAUUCAUGAUAGACAGUGAUGGGAGAGGACUAUCACCAUGAUCAUACACAAAUCAUUCAUUCAUCAUAAAUAAAAACAAUAAAAAGAUGAUGGCUAAAGCAGACCAAGUAACCAGCCACUCAUGAGGACCUUAUGCAUCCCUUCCCACCAUCUGUCUUCUUACAUGCUAUAGCAAGGAGGUCUGCCCCCUCUCCCAGCUCUCCAACUUCUCCAACUUCCCUGGAUUUCGAUCCUUAUACCUUCUGUAUACCUUGCCUUUGUCCCACCCACCACUUAACCAAUCCCCAGGAGUUUUCUGUUCUUCUCUUCCCCAAAACUAACUUUAGUUUGCUCUGAAGAUGGCCAAUGUUUAAGUGAAAGUUUAGCUUGUGAUGGAUACAAUACACUACAAACUGAAUUUGCAGUUUACCAAUCACCUGUCAAGCUUGAUACCCCUUGGAGAAGAGAAGAAGAAGAAGUUCAGAUAAUAAAUAAAUAAAGCUUUGGAAAGGCUGAACUGAAGCAAAGUAACAGUCCUGUGCAGUAGUCUGCCUAAUAAAUAAGGGUCACCUCUUAUCUACAAUCGUAUAAUAAUAAUAGUAAUAAUAAUAAUAAUAUCUACUUAUUUGCCAUCUUUCAGCUGAAUUAAAAAAAAAGCAUCAAGGAAUUACCUCAGUUAAUUGCUGUAUUAAAUUUUAUUGUGUAGAAAUAAGUAGGAUUAUUGUACAAAAGAGACUGUAUCAUCUGUUAUUCCCAGACCUUCCAGCUUGGCUUUAGUUAGAUAUAAUUAUAUAUGUUAAUGGUCAUUGAUGUUCAUAGAGUAUAUAUAUGUACAAUUCAUGUCUUUUACAGAUUCUCGUGUAAGAUUUAACUGUGACCACUUAACUGCUCUCAUCAAUAAAGUCCCUCGGAAUCGUG